AUGGGACCUUUGGCUUGCCGGCUCCUGGGAAUCGCGCACAGCUUCGAUGUUGCCACGCAGUGGUGCUUGCCUGAUGGGAUGUAUCAUACUCGCUGGCAAGAUGCGCGUACACAUCCCGGGUCUUACACUUCGCUCUUGCUGGAUCAUUACACCAGUGGAACACUCUCACUGCCCUGUGACCCCGAGCAGGCCUCUGCAUGCGCUACCGGUGCCUAUUCUUCCUCUUUCCAGAUUCUGGCCUGUCACAUGGUUCCGACGGCUGUCGAGUCUGAUGCAAAGGGAGAUAGGCCUGGGGCCAAGCUGCGGAGCUCUGCCGUGAGGCGGACCAACACUGCACUGCUCUUCCUCCGCAACCGGAGGUUCUUUUCCCCAGGCCUAGGUCAGCUGGUGCGAGGUAAGUUCCCCAAGGCAGCGGUUCCAAGGCAGGUCCCUCCCAGUCCUCCAGGUGCAAAGGAGGUACCACGCUCUCUGGGCAAGUCAGGCCCGGCCAGGCCAUCCGACAUCAGCAGAAUCUGUGCAGGGCCAGAUACGGUCCUCCCGGAACAUUUGGCACUGUAUCCGGUCAAUGCCAUUUCUGUUGAUCAGAUGGGGCUUUUUGCCAUCGAACCUGGCCACUCCCGGAACCCGUUACGAUUCUCGGUGUUCGAUCGACUGCGUCAUCAUCAGCAACGAACUGCUGCAAAUGAUUGGACGCUGCAAGACCUUGUUACGGAGGCUGUGCGCACAGCAGGUGAACGCAUCAGAUCUGUGCACAUCCUCACCAGUUUCCUGCCGGAUUUGGCGGUGCCACAGCUCGUGCUCACGCCGGCGGACGCCGCGAUGGGCCACCUUUGCGUCCCCAUUGACACGCGACCCCAUGGUGGUCGGCCCUGCACGCUCUUGAUGCGACCAGGCAUCACUGCGCAGGAGGUCAUCGAGCUAGCCUGUCAGAACUGUCCGGCAGGACCCGCCUUUGCGCUUGCGUGCGAACCAAGGGACUGUUUUCUCGUCGACGCUCAGGGUCACAUUUGGGAUGAGUUGCCAGCCGAUUUAUCCCAACUACAGUGGCUACGCAUUCAGCCCACCGGGGGACAGGAUGCCGCACCGGCGACCUCCACUACCAGCACCACAACAACCUCUGUCCAAGAGCCCUCGGAUUUGUCUGAGCUUGAGCAGAGCCUGUUACGUGUUGAUCCCACUCUCAGGCUCGUUUUGCCUGGAGAGUUACAAGGUGUUGAGUUGUCACCGAGGGGAAUUCUUCAUGUGAUGCUGCGUACCGUGUCGGUGACUUUCACUGUAUUUGUUGCCACGCAUGCUCCGUUGUCAGUGCAGGGCAGUGUCGAUUGGACGCUGAUUGAUUUUAUGCGGGCAGGACUGCCAACGCCGCAGGUUGUGAUUACCGAAGGCACGGAAAUUGGCGAGUCCACUGUCAUUCCGAUUGAUUUACGCGGAAUGGGACAAAGCGUGCCAUCGCGUUGGCUGUCCCACAACUGCGCGCUGCUCUGGAUGACCCUUCGCGACGCCCAAGGGCACAUUUGGGAUUGCCUCCCGGCCAGUCUGUCCUCCAUCCAGUGGCUCACUCUGUCACAUGCUCCUGUCCCUUCGGGUCAUCUUGACCCUCUGCGCCUUGAAGAAGUUGUCGACGGGACUGUCAGUGACGAGGCUGGUCUAAUGCAACUCACGGCUGCCGGGGUCGCGCAUGUUUCGCGCCCAGCACGCGACACUACAGUUGGGUUGCCUUCCCCGCUCAACGGCAAAUUUGCACCUCGCAGCACAGGGUUGGCUGACUGCCCGCGCAUGUCACCCCCAGGCCUCCUUGGCAAUUUGGGUCCUGUGAGACCCACGCUUUCGGCACCCAGCGUCGAUGGCCGCAUACGCCUCUUUCCACGUGACCUUGCGGAUGCACCUGUGUGCGACUUCCCGGCAGCCCAACUCUUGCUUUGCACGGCGGAUCAGCACCACCCCAGGGCCCGCCGCGCAUACAGCGUGCUCGACCGUCUCCACCACCACCACCUGCGGCGUGCCGCGGCGGACUGGACGGUAGCCGACUACAUCAAGGAUGCGGUGACCUCUUGCAGUGAAGAGGUCGCGGCUGCCCAAAUACUUGAGACGCCUAUUCCAGCACUCUCGGAGCCACAGAUCGUGCUUACACCAGCAGGCUUCCUGCCAGGUACCAUGGCCGUACCCUUCGACUUCAGAACUUUGGGUGGGGGCAUUUGCACGCUCCUCCUUCAACCUGGCGGCAGCCUGGCCCAGCUUUGGUCGCUCCUCGAGGAACACUGUGCUACCCGCAUGGGCCAUCGCUGGCUCGAUGUCGAGCGUUACAUGAUCUUCUUCCAGAGUGCUACCGGGCAGGUGCUGGAUCAGCUGCCGACUGAUCUUUUAGAGCUGCAGUGGAUCCGAGUCCUUCUGGAUCCUCGGGCACACUUGCGCUCUCACGUGAGCGCCACAACAGGCGCAACGACCACUGCCACAACCACCCUGAUGCAGCCCAGGCCGACUGUCACAGCUGUGACGGUCAUUCUGGCAGGAGGCGGUACUGUCGUGCGUCUCAAUCCUCAACCCAUCGACAGCCUCGACCUGCAAAGUGCUCUCACCGAGCUUCUUCUUGUGCUGGCCGUGCGGGGUCGCAUUCCGCCGCACCCAACAGUCAUGGUGAGUGCAUCCUGCCCGCGACUACCUGCCUCGCGCAACCACCUGCUUGUCACCUUUCUUCUGUACGACGGGCAAAGCCGUGAUGUGCACAUUUUGUAUGAUUCCUCGGCAGACGCUUCCCUUCUGCAAGUUAUGACUCUUGAACCGGGUACACUCACCGAACAUCUCCUGGCGGAGGGGCAGCGCCGCCGCGGGAUGGUUGUGGCACUCAAUGGAGUCGCGCAGGCGUUUAGCAACCGGGCUCAGGCAAGCUGUCGGGAAUCGAUCUCUUUUGGUCUUGGGCUGCGCUUAGCUGAGCAUCAACGGCUGCUCGGGGUUCCUGGCGAGGGCAGCCAGGCCAUUUUUGUCUACGGACCGCACCACCCAACGAUGCAGCUAUAUCUCCCGUCAACCCUGACACCGGACUUCUUGUCCACGGCAGAAUUCCUCUCAGGACUGCUAUCUGUCUUUCCCCCGGAGACAACUUGGGCUGACCCCGAGAUGAUUGCGUGGUUGGCGCCCUCCUUCGUGUCAGUGCCACCAGACACUACACUUGCCACCGUUCUGCUGCCUUACCCUUACUCACCACAAGGGUUCUUACAGCUCUCCCUGCCAAGAGGGAGUGAGCUCAGUGGCUUACAGCUUCCUGUCAUGGAGGGCUACCAACUCAUCUUUCCCGAAAGAGCCCGAGAUGGUGCAGUGAUACGGAUCGCCCGGCGGAACCGUCGACCACUCUCUGACAGCUCGAUGGGGCCCUGCCCGAUCCCCCAUCCGGGACGGCGCUCGGGUCAGCCGAGACCGACUGUGCUAAGCCUAUCACAAGCGCUGCCUGCCCCGCCCACCGGGGCUGCCUUUGGCAUGUCCUAUGCCAUCCUCGAUGCGGCCCUUGCAGACCACCGAGCCCCGUUGGAUGAUGCCCUCCUCGCAGCGCCCAAGCUGUUGCCGGAUGGGGCGAUUUGUCGUGUCGGCACCCGGUGUGGUGUAGUCCCGCAGGCGGAUGGUACACCGUCGGCAUACAGGGGUGAAAUCAGGGCAAUUUUGCAUGCACUAGCCACAGCAGCGGCUUGGGACGUUUCCGCGGUUUUCUUGGGCGGUGACUGCCAGGCCGCUUUGGAUGGUGUUUUUGGCAAUGCCCAACUUGCCGAAGGUGACACUGCAGGGCGCGCCGCCCAAAGCCUUGUUUUCUUUGGCUACUCCCGAGGCAUGGCCAUCACGCCGUUAAAGGUCACUGCACACCAAGGCUGUGCCUUUAAUGAUGCUGCAGAUGCCCUUGCAAAAGCGGCUAAUGCACUGCAACCGGCUGUUCCGCUCUUCCACAGCGAUUGUUUUGAGGCAUGUGUUGCAGAGGGCACAUUUCAUCACCUCUGGAUGCUUGUCGGUGAUUCCUACUCCCGAGUCCAGCUCCCCUGGAAGGAUGACUCUGGCAGCUGGACCCGAGCUGCCUGUAACACACCGGCAUCUACUUUGGCUUCCAGUGCUCCCUUCUGUUGUGCUCCGCCGGAACCCGAAUCCUGCAGCAUUGAGGCCACUCUCAUCACCUACAACUGCCUCUCUGUCCGUGGCCUCGCAGCCAGAGAACUCAUGGAUCGAGGCCUGCACAAACAUCAUUGCGCUGCUGCUGGCCUGCAAGAGACACGUGACCCCGAAGAGGGCAUCUCUUCAACGGAGAACUUCUGGGUGAUUGGUUCGGCCUGGUGCGUGAGGCAGUCCGUGCCUAUCAUCCCUGACCGGCGCAGCUUUUCGGUCUUCCACUCCGAGCCCCGCAUUCUCAUAGUGCUCGCGCGUCUCGGGGACCUACGCUUUGCGUACGUUGUGGCGCACGCCUUGACCAGCAUGAAGCCUGACAACCAAAUCGAAGCAUGGUGGACGCGCCUCCGCCAGCUUUGUGCCCGCGUGCCCCCAGGCCAUGCCAUUGUGGCCUUUCUGGAUGCGAAUGCACACUUCGCAAAGGAUGCCACAUGUGCUGACACGCUGCAAGCAAGGCCGCUUAAUGCCAACGCACGCUUCCUCCACGACUUCUGCACACAAUUGCAGCUUUGUCCCUCCGCACAGCAGGAUCCCCAACGGGUACCACUUGUCUCAUGGCGCAGCCCGGCACAAGACUACGAGCGCCUCCUCGAUUAUGUUUGUGUGCCUUUUGGGUGGAUUGCCGGUUUUGAGACUUGUCCGCAAUUUUGUCUUGGUGACCUGCGUGCCGACUGGGACCAUAAACCCAUUAUGGCCCGCCUCCAAGCCAAGGUGGAUCUGUCCUCACCCAGGCCCAGGCACAGGUUUACAGCAGCAGACCUCUCCUCAGACACAGGCCUACAUGCUGCUGCAAAAGCACUUGCAAGUAUGCCAGCAAUUCCUUGGUCAGUUGAUGCCACCACACACGUGGAUUUCAUUCAUCAGUGGAUGACCAUGAGCCUGGCAUCCGCAUUACCCAAAGCAAAAGCCAAGCCUCGCAAUCCUGCCAUUUCGCAGCCUACCCUGGAACUCAUACUGACUCGGCGGCAACUACGCACCGUGCACCGGCGACUGCAGUGGCAAUCGGGCCGAUACGCCCUUUUCCAGUGUUUCCAGGCUUGGCGUGGCAACCUCCCCAGCGCCCAAUCUGCCACACUUCCGUUGGUUAGGCUAGCGUCCCGGCUCGCCAGGACGCACUUCGGCAUGGCCGCCCUCAACAGGGCAGUUCGGGAUGGUCUGAGCCAAGACCGCGCUGAAUUUGUGAGGCGUCAGACUGAGAAUGCGCGGGAGCUCGGCCCAAUGGAGUUCGCCCACCGAAUCCGAGCAGUACUGCGAAUGGGCCGGCGAUACAAAGCCCCACAGUUACUGCGGGGCCUCACGACCCCUGCUGGGGUUGCACAUACCGACUCCGAGAUUUUGCAAGUUCUGGGUCAACAUUUCGCCGGUCCGGAGCGUGCUACACAACAAUCUGGCCCACAACUUCUGCAACAUUUCGACCGCACCCUGCCCGUCCAAGGCACGCUGGACCUUUCUGACAUGCCGGGCAUUGCUGACAUUGCAUCUGGUGUGUUGGCACUCAAACCGCACAAAGCCUCAGGCAUGUCUGGCUUGCCAGCGGAAGCAUUUAAGGCGGCGCCUUUGCUUGCUGCCAGGGCUCUGUUCCCGGUGAUGGCCAAGAUGAUAGUCCGCAGCCGUGCACCACUGCAAUUCUCGGGUGGACUUGCUUGCGCGAUUCCGAAAAGCAAGCUGCAGGCCUCCAAACCCACCGGGUGGAGGUCGAUCCUGCUUCUCGAACCUUCGGGCAAAGCAAUCCAGAAAGCCCUUCGACAGAAGUUGGUCGGUUUUCUCGAUGCUGGCCGGGCCAAGGGCCAGUAUGGCGGACUACCCCACAAAAAGCUGGCACAACCGAGCCUCCUUGUACGGAGCCACUUUGUCUCCCUUGUGUCGGCCCACGCCACCGGUGGUGCCGUUUUCAUCGACUCCAAGGCUGCCUACUACUCGGUGGUCCGCGACGCUCUGCUAGCCUCUCGCGGCCGGGAAAGUGAUGCCAUGCUCUGGUGCCGGGCGAAAGCCUUGUUUCCGCGACACGCGGACCGCCAACACUUCGUUCGCAGCAUCCGCCAGGGUGACCUGCUCGCUGCCUUCCAACUUCCCGAGUACUUGGUCAGAUACCUCGAAGCCCAGCUUGGCACAACUUGGUAUGUCAUGGAGACACCCUCAUCCACGGCAUAUGUGGCCGGCAGUGGCACGGCGCCCGGCUCACCCGUCGCCGACCUUUUCUUCAGCUUCGUUUACGCACGCUUCCUCCACCAUGUUGAGGAGGUACUUCUUUCCGAAGGCCACUGCGUGCGGCUGCAAGCAGAGGACCCACUUGACUCGGUUGCGCCCACCUGGGCCGACGAUACUGCGCUUCUCGUUGGCCCAGUCAGGCCUUGUCAACUGGUCUCCACGCUCACAAGGGUUGCCACCUUGCUCAGCGAUGGCCUGGCACAAAUCGGAUUAGAAGCCAACUUCUGUCCCGGAAAGUCAGAAGCGGUUGUUCACAUAGCCGGGCAUGGUUCUGCCGCUGUACGAAGGCAACUUCUCUGCCAGGAGGAACCAGGCAUUUCAUUUGCCCUCCCCGACGGCACGGAUGGCCUUCUCCGUGUCGUUCCGACUUAUACACAUCUCGGCACGGUCAUCGCACACAAUGGUGCGGAGGGCCCGAACCUGCAGCACCGCGCCGCCUUGCUCAGACAGCUUUUCAACCCCCUGCGUAGCCGCCUGCUUUACAACAGAUGGCUCACUCGUGAGGAGAAGGUGAGGCUCAUAUCGGAACGUGCCCUUCCCCGCUUCCUCUAUGGCGCGGGGUACUGGGCACCCAGAACCGCAGCGGAAGUCGAAAUGACCCUGGAGCCCGUGCGAGCCACUUAUCGGCAGUCAUUCCGUCCCGUUACCGGAAUCUCGUCAGCUGGCUUCUCCAACACGGAAGUCGCAGCAGCUCUUGGACUACCGACUGCGGAGGAGUUGCUUCACCAUGCAAGAGCUGUUGCGCUUCUCGACACUUGCGAGACCGCCUCCGCUGAUGUUUUGACCGCCCUCACUCGUGAUGGGGUCUGGUUGACGCUUGCCUGGGAAUCCUUCAAAGUUGUGCUGUCCGAGCGACUCCCGCUUGCACUAUGCACAACUGCUCCGCCGGCUCUCCGUGACCUCCCAAAUUUGCUCCACGGUGGUGCCACUGGCGCACGCAGUGUCUGCAAACGGUUCCUGAAGAACCAGGCAGCCACUCGCUCAGAACCCCUCCUCGUUGCAAGGGACGUUGCUUCGCUGGAGAUGCCGACGAUUACCGCUACCACACAUGAGGUACUGCGAUUUCGUUGCGACCAGUGCGGAGCUGCCUUCCUCAAUGCACAGCGACUCGCUGUGCAUCGGGCCCGUGCUCACAAGCAACGGGCAAUCGGCAGCUCCAUUGCUUGGGGAACCCGCUGCGAGAGAUGCUGUCUCGAGUUUUGGGACAUCUCGCGCCUCGCCAAGCACUUGCAGCACUCAUUGCCCUGCCAAAGGGCCUACGAACACUCCGACUUGCAGCCCACCACGCCCCUGGCCCCUGGUCGCAUACCAGUGGCGUGGCGCCCAGCGGUUACGACCCUUGGCCCGAUUCCUUUCUGGGCCACGCUCAACCCUGACGGCUAG